UUUUUUUUUUUUUUAUUCGUAUGGGCCUAGGGAUUUUAUAUGGCAGGACGACUCGCCUUUUCGCAUUAAAAUUGUACGCUGGUAUUCAUUGGCCAAUUUUGGAUAAGAAAAUGAGCUCGAGCUUUUUUUUUGGCCGUUCUUUUUAUCUUUCAACAUUUGAAUAAUUCCCUUAAUAUAACAUAUAUUUUUAUAAUGCCACCAAAGAGAAAAGCAACAGGCAGAAAAGCUACCCAGAAGAGCUAUAAAUCAGGAAAAACAAUAGAGAAAGACGUAGUAAAAGAAGCUAAUGUCGAUGAUUCCAUAGAAUCGACAGCUGCAGAAGAGACACAAUCAGCAAAACGUAAACGUGAAUCAACCGAUGAAAAUGUUACUGACAACGAUGCUUCCGCAGCCAGUACAAAAACAGACGAAAACAAGGAAUCGGCACCGGCAGUCGGCAGUAACUUUUCUGAUAGAUUAGCUAGACUAAAAGAACUAAAACGACGAAGAGCAACUGAAGUGGAACAAGGAAAUCGCCGUGAUCGUAACUUAGAGUUUCAACGUAGUAAAGAAAACCCUAAAGCAGCAAUUAGGGAUGAAAGAAAACGAGCAGAAGCACUGAAACUAUUAGAGAAACAGGAGGCAGAAGAUAAAGGAGAGGAUUAUGAGCGCAAACAGUUUUGGAAAUACUCUGCCGAAUCUGCUGAAGCUUGGGAGAAAAAGAUGGCCAAGAAGCAGCGUUUGGCAAAUACAGGCUUCUCAGGUGAGCAAUCCUCAUUAAAUCAAAAAAAUAAAAAUACUUGGUUUUGUUGCUCAUACAGAGUCUAUGCCUUUCUAGAUCAUACACAGGCUGCACACAAAAAAUAUGUUCGACUCAUGUCUGAUUUCAAGCCCGAUAUGAGAACGUAUAAUCAAAAGAUUCUUGGAAGCAUUGAGCGUGCUAUUAGGAACGGCGAAGAUCCCUCAGAUGUUACAGUGGUGGCAAACUCAAUAGAUUAUGCCAGUAUCGAUGAUAAACCUUCCCAAGACGCUAUUGACAGGCUAGCUUUGGAAACUAAGAAACAAAUUGAGAAGCGUGAGACUCGAUCCCGUGAUCGCAAAGAAAAGACAGAUGAUAUUUCGUGGAUCAACGAAAAGAAUCGUGUCUUCAACCAAAAAAUUGCAAGGUUUUAUGAUAAAUACACCAAGGAAAUUCGUGAAAACCUCGAAAGAGCUUUCAAUAAAGAAACCCAACUGUCUGCAAACCCAUUAUGUAUGCUAUCUUAAACGUUGAUGACACGAAAAUGAGUGCCUUAAAAGUUAUAAAUGCAUUUGUUUAGCCACCUAACUUUUUAUUGUCGGAGGUGUUGCUUUACAGCGCCACAUAACAAAUGGCGGUUCUGAUCCCUUCCCUUUGAAUCCGGCGGUAGUCUGCUUCUGUGGUCUACAUUUGCAAAUCUGUAACGAACUGGAAGCUGCAUCUAUUCCACCUUGAAGUAAAGCCACGCGAGAGAAAUUUCUUCUAACCAAUUCAGCGGCAUACUAUAUGUAUUAAUAGGUAAGGAACACAUUCAAUUGAUCCACUACAUUGAACUUCGUAGACAUCUUAGCUAUCAGAUGACAUACCUCAGGCCCUUCUUGGCUUCUAGAAGCAACUACUAUAUGGUACUUUCUAUUCACUUUCUUUAUAAUGUUAGCAUAACUAGGUAACUGCUCAGUCAGUACGUUCAUUGAAGAGGGUACAUGGCCUCUGACAAAU